CGCUGACACGUGGCCGCGAUCGGCGAAGGGGGAGGGAGCCGGCGGCCGCCGCCGCGAUGUGAAGCGGGGGAGGCGGAAGGCGCCGCCCGCAUGGCCGCGGGUGCCGGCGGCAGGAAUGGGGCCGGUGGGCAGCGCCGAGCACGGCCCCCGGGCCGCGCAGCACGACGGCCCGAGGAGGGAUGGCGGCGGGGACCCGUACUGGUCCAGGACCGAGUCCCGUGUCUGGACGGUGAUGUUGCUGCUGGGGACGUGCCUGCUGUACUGCGCCCGCGUCACCGUGCCCAUCUGCGCCGUCGCCCUGAGCACCCACUUCAGCUGGGACAAGAAGCAGUCUGGCAUCGUGCUCAGCAGCUUCUUCUGGGGCUACUGCUUGACACAGAUUAUCGGAGGACAUAUCAGUGACCAAAUAGGAGGUGAGAAAGUCCUCCUCCUCUCGGCAUCAGCCUGGGGGUUCCUCACGGUGCUCACCCCUCUGCUCACCCACAUCACUUCUGCCCAUCUCGUUUUUAUGACCUCCUCCAGGUUCCUUAUGGGGUUGCUGCAAGGGGUGUAUUUCCCAUCCCUGGCCAGCCUGCUGUCCCAGAAGGUCCGGGAAAGCGAGCGAGCCUUCACCUACAGCACAGUGGGGACUGGCUCACAGUUUGGGACGCUGGUGAUCGGUGGUGCGGGAUCUCUCCUCCUGGACUGGUAUGGCUGGGAGAGCGUUUUCUACUUCUCCGGUUUGCUCACUUUGCUCUGGGUUUACUGCACCUGCAAGUACCUCCUGAGUGAGAAAGAACUCAUCAUCCCCAUGGACUAUUUAAUGAGAGGCCUCUCAAUCUCCAAGCAGACCAAAGUUCCCUGGAAGCAGCUGUUUAAGAAGGCACCGAUAUGGGCUGUCAUCAUCGCUCAGCUUUCUACAGCCAGCACGUUUUUCACUCUUCUCUCCUGGCUGCCAACUUUCUUUAAGGAAACUUUCCCCGAGUCAAAGGGUUGGGUGUUUAAUGUAGUCCCCUGGCUGGUUGCAAUUCCUACAAGCUUGUUCAGUGGAUUUCUGUCAGAUCAUUUAAUCAACCAAGGGUACAAAACCAUCACCAUUCGUAAGUUCAUGCAGGUUAUUGGUUCUGGCGUCUCAAGCAUUUUUGCCUUGUGCCUGGGCCAGACCUCCAGUUUUUGCAAAGCAAUAGUGUUUGCCUCUGCCUCUGUUGGGCUUCAGACCUUCAACCACAGUGGCAUUUCAGUAAAUGUACAGGAUCUGGCCCCCUCGUGCGCCGGCUUACUGUUCGGUGUUGGGAAUACGGGUGGAGCCCUCCUAGGUGUCAUUUGCGUGUACUUGGCUGGCUACCUGAUUGAAACAACUGGCUCCUGGAUUUCUGUUUUUAACCUGGUGGCUGCUGUUAACAGCAUUGGCCUCUGUGCAUUCCUCAUGUUUGGAGAGGCCCAGAGGGUGGACACAGACUCGGCAUAUAUGGACCUCUAGAGAUGAGUCCAUCAAGCAGCCAAAGGACAGGAGAGUGUCAUGACUAUGUGUCAUUGUCGCACAAGUGCCAAAGAACAUUUUUUUUUUUUUCAGGUGUUUAACAGGAAAAAAAUAUGCUGAGACCAAGUGCAUAAUGGGUCUGGAUGAAACCCAUGGGAGAAAAGAAAUUUAGAGUUUAUUUUUUGCUCAGGGCAUAGCUGACGGCCUGUAGAGCCGUCCAGCUCAGCAUCUCCAGUGAGGAUACGGCCCGUGUGACCGGUUUGCCCCAGUCCACGUCUAGUGGACAAGUAGCCACGUGGCCAAAGCAGCUUACCCGGCUGGUCACCGAAGGCUCCCGCGGUUUGCAGCUGUGCCCCGGCGCGGUGGCUCGCCGAGGGGAGCUGCUUGGCCGUGCUGGGAGCAGGUCCCUCCGUGCUCUGCCACCCUGGGACCGCAGGGAAGGUGGCCGGCUCUCGGGCUGCCACGCGACACGUGUCCUCUGAACUACAUGAAAGGAACAACCCAAACGAAUGUACCUCUGACCUUCACCCUCCCUCGCGUGCCUUCAUUUUGCGGUCUGCUCGGCAGGUACAAGCCAGGUGUACGUGGGAACGGGUUGUGAGAUGAAUUCAAGGUUUCCCUUCCCAGGAAGUCUUCCGGCUGGAUGUCUGCUGUGGUCCCAGGGGCGUGAGGUUGCAUCAAUUCUGCCUUCCCCGCGCUUGCGCUGAGCCGGGAGGCUGCCGAGCCGGCUGCUCAAACCAGCUGAGCCCCUUCUUUGCUCAAGGGCAGAGCUCAAGGGCUCCCUCCUCUCCCGGGUCGCUUUAACUCCAGCCCCGAGCCAAGGCAGACCAUCUCCAACGUGAGAGCAGAGGAAAGCUGCAGUCAGCCCUGGUCAGGCUUAGCUGGGCUGACCUUGCGGUGCAGGCGCAGCCGAGGAAUCCCCUGGGAGCUGUUUUGCCAUAUGCUGUGAAUGUAUAGGAGGAACAGGUCAUGUUCUGUGCUAUGGAUCUAUACUCCCGAAUGCUUUCUGCUUGAUUAGAUGUGUCCUCCACAUGCUCUCAAAGGGGCACAGGAGACUUUCCUAAGAGCCUGCAGUGGGCGGGUUUUCUUUCUACCUUAAGUGUAAAGCAAAUUUCUGCAUCAGGGAUCCAUAGUACCGGAUGUGUAUCCCUGUGGUUCCCUGUGUCAGAGGGAAAUACUUGGCUGUACACGCCUCUGAGCCUGAAUGUCUUAAGUUAUUUAUAAAUAUUUUUAAAUUUAAGUACCAAAUUCUAUAUUUUAUGGACUUGAGGCCUGAUUCUGCAUGCUUAUUUUACGUGGUACUCCCACCAAAACCCACAGUAUUUCUAGAAGGGAAGGAUUUACCAGCCUACAGUUUCUGGUUUUGUAGGAUCUAUUUUAAAUAUGACAUUUCAUAUUGAAGCAAUUCCGUGCUUUUCCUCCCACCCCUUGCUUACAGCCUGAAAGGAUCUCUUUGAUUUCUCUAAUGCUUACCAGAAAACUUCAGCUGAGACUUGGGAGCAGAUUUCCUAACGGACCUUGCUGUGCAGGAAAGCUAUAGGUUCAGAUUCAUUGUCCUUAAAAAAAAGAAUUAUCCCCUGCUUCUCCUUUUGUUUUGGCCAAAUUUCUUCUUGGAAGAUAUGUCAGAGCCACAUUAAGUUUCUGAAUAGCUGGGUUUAUAAUGAAAAUAAUGGCAGCCUUUUAAUUGCAGAGACACUAAUGGGUGCCACUAAGCUAAGCUGAGCUACUUAUUGGGGGGUAUUAAGAGAUAAAGAUACAACUGCCUAAUGACUUUGCAAGAGAAUAUAGGAUCAAUGUGGCCUGAUUGGGAGCCAGAGAGAUAAGAAAGUAUUUUCUACUCCUUCUGUGCCUUUUUCUCUAAAAGGCUGGUUGCUACCAUAGGUACAACCCUGUAUCUUGGGUGCUGCAGAACCAGGACACACAAACGCUGCUGGGAAGCCUCUUAAAAUCAGCGGGUGAAAUGGGGAGGGCACACAGAGCAAAUGCAAACCAGGCUUGCCAAAGAGGCCUGAGGCUGUGCAGCCAUCUCUGCCAGCCUUGUCCCUUGUCCAGCCUGAGCAGAUUGUUUGCACGGCCUUUUCUAUAGUGACAUAGUUAAAAAAAAAAGGUGCUUUUUUUAAAAAAUAUUUUCCCUGGCUGUUCAGUGUUGCAGGUCAGGAGCACAAGGAGUGGAUUCUGGUUCUCUCUGCUGGUCGCACCAUUUCUUGUGGAAGAGUUGAUAAGUUUAAACCACUCGCAUUGGAACCAGGCAGCUUGGC